UUCGGUAAGUACAAUGUAGAUGAACUUAGGUCUAGGCAAUUGGAUCAAUCAGAUAAGUGGAGUUUCCAUUUGAUAUAAAAGAGUCGCAGAUCUUCAGGAAAGCUAUAAAUUUAUAGUCUUUCAAGAUGCUUAUUGUUACUCUUAUUCCUUUGAUUCUUGCUGCGAGACUUAAUUAUCCAGCCUCAUCUUGGAAAGAUGGAGAAAAAGCUAAAGUAACAUACAUGAUUCAUGAUCAGGCAAUCAAAACUUACUUCACUAGUUCGAACCAACCUGAUGAAGUAUUUAAUUUAAAAGCAUUAUUGACUUGCCAACUUUUACGAACUGGAUAUUAUUGUUACUUUCAUGAUGUUGAUAUUAAAACUAUUCUUGCUGAUGAAAAGCCAAAUGCUAAUACCAGCAUGAAAUUUAUGUCCAAUGAUUCUUAUUUGAAGAAACUUCUAGAGCAAGAUGACGUAUUAGCUGAAACACGGAAUCAAGAAUACAUGGUCAUAUGGGUACCUAAAGAUAUAGAAGCACUCGGACGAAAUGUUAUAACAGCACUUUUUCAACCUCUGAAUUUAGGAUUGAACUUCCAAUCACAACUCACAGGAAAUUUCGAAACUAAAAGUGAUACUGCUGGUGGAAGAUGUAAAGCUAGAUUUCUUGUAACUCGAUCUGCUGAACAGAAUGAAGGAAAAAAUUCUGAUAUGGAAUUUUUCCUUAUCUCUCGUCCAGAGGAACCUCUUGAUAGACCACUAGAGAUUUUCAAGAAAGUCGAUGAAAAAUGUGCUAAUGAUCAUCUUUAUAUGUAUUCACCUGCUGUAUCAAGAGAAUAUCAUUCUUUUUCAACUAACAUAAAAAUUGACACGCAUUCAGUUGAAGGGUUUACGAUAAUAACUCGUAACAAUAUUUCAUCUUAUGGUAAAAAUGUAUUUUCAAUAACGAAUAAUCAAGAUCAAACAAAAUAUCUAAUCGACGAAUCGUUGAGUGUAACUCUUUAUAGCAUUGAAGAAAUAAAAUGCGACGAAGUAAAAAAUGAAGAUGAUUGCAUUGAUGAAAGAAUUGCUAAUUAAGAUUGACAAUUAACGAAUGAAAAUGGCUAAAAAUAGAUAUUUAAUAAUUGAAUAAUAAUAUUUGAUUUGAUUUAAUGUUUAAACAAUAUAAAAAAAAUAAAAACAGUGCAUAAACGGAUAAUAUGAAAGGCUUUUAUAGUAUUAAUUCACAAAAAAUAUGGCAUUCUAAAUAUUACAAUCAUAAAAAAAAAAAUAAUUGCAAAUUGUAUGAAUGAUUCAUUAUUAGGAUAUAAGGAUGAAAACGUGACUAAAGCAUAAAAACUUGCCUCAUUCCUUAAUUUAGUAGAUAAAUAUAUCUCUGUGAAGAAUUUGUAACGAAGUAUGAUGACGAUGAGCUUAAGUCUAGGUAAUUGAAUUAAUCAGGUAAGUGGAGUUCUCAUUUGAUAUAAAAGAGUGACAGAUCUUCAGGAAAGCAGUAAAUCAAAAGGUUUUCAAGAUGAUGAUUGUUAAUCUUAUUCCUUUGUUCCUUGCUGCUAGACUCAAUUCUUCAGCUACGCCUUGGUCGAAUGGAGACAAAGCUAAAGCGACAUAUUUGGUUCAAGAUUAUGCUAUCAAAUCUUUUUCUGCUGAAUCGAAACUUGAUCUUCCUGAUGAAGUCUUCAAAUUAAAUGCACUUUUAACUUGUCAAUUUAUGUUCAAGAAUCUUCAAUGUUAUUUU